UGGGGGCGGAAGUGUGUCGCUGAUGUACUCAGGUAGAGAGCGGCACAGAGAGGCAGAAGCCGAGCAGAGGCCGAGCAGAGAGCGUGAUGUCGGGCUACAGCAGAGAGGUGCAUCUGGCCACCAGCGUCCUCUGCAGCAGCUCCGGGUCCAUGCCGCUGCAGCAGCUGCACCACCAGCUGCUGCAGCGCUGCACCGUCAGCGAGGAAGACUUCUGCUUCAUCCUCCAACACUGCCCACGCUUCCUGCUGGUCCGCAGGGAGCGGCUCCAGGACUGCACGGUGGUGGCGAGAACCUCCCUGCGGCUGUGCAGCAAGUACGGCCGGGGGGAGUGCAGGGAGUGUCAGCAGCUGCACCUCUGCAAGUUCUUCAUCUACGGAAACUGCAGGUUCGGGAAAGGCAGGAAGUUGUGUAAAUUCUCCCACAACAUUCGCUCAACUCAUAACUUUGAAGUUCUGAGAGAUUGUUCGCUGCACGAACUCAACGAGGACCAGCUGUUCCUGCUGCUGCUGCAGAACGACCCGGCACUGCUGCCUAAGGUGUGUCUUCACUAUAAUAAAGGCUCCGGUCCUCACGGCGACUGUAACUACCAGGAGAGCUGCUCCAACGUCCACCUGUGUCAGCACUUCCUCCAGGGAGACUGUCUGUUCGGACGCCGCUGCAACCGGCAGCACGCCAUCGAGCAGCGCGGCCGCCGCAUGUUGGAGGAGCGAGGACUGAGCGGAGGAGUCAUCCAGGAGCUGCCCGUCAUCUACCGGAACAUCCACCUCCUCACCGUCGCCGACGCAGAGACAAGUCCUGAUUCUUCUCAAACUGUGGAUCAGACGGACCAGAAGGAGGACAUCUGUCUGCACUUCACCAGAAACAUCUGCAAGUUCCAGAACAAGUGUCGCCUUGUUCACUUCCACCUUCCCUACAAAUGGGAGGUGUUCGACGGCGUCACCUGGACAGACCUGCAGCACAUGGAGGACAUAGAGCGAGAUUUCUGUGACCCAUCCAAGACUCAGAGUUGCGGCGAUCAGCCCGUCAACUUCCUGAUAAUGACUCGAGGGUGGCAGCCCGUCCGCCGUCUCUCCACGGUUUCCUCUGUAACAAAGCCACCUCACUACAUCCUGACGACUGUCUGGUUGUGGUACUACAAGGGGGACCAGAGGAACUGGAUAGAGUAUGGACAGCCGGAUGAAAAGCAGCGAACCACAUCAGUGACAUCACAGACUCUGGAGGAGGCUUUUCUGUCUGGCAGAACCGAAGUCAAAGUGGUGAAAGGCCAAAGACAGUAUGUCAUCAGCUUCAAUGACAUGUACCAGAGGAACCCCAAACACAAAACCAAGAGGAGAGUUUGUCGUCGACCUCGCUUUGUCUCUGUGGCCGAGGUGGAGAAACAGAAAAACCAUGAACUGAUGAGGACCGGACCGAGUGCCUUAUCAUCGUUAACCACAUCUGGACUUUAAAUAUGUCCGUCCCCCCCCCGCCUAUAUUUGUACGUCUCACAGCCAAAUUGAGAACCCCAAGGGUUAGUUAAACCAGAUAGCCAGUAGGACUGUUUAGAGGAUCUUGUUGUUAGGGUUAGUUAAACCAGAUAGCCAGUAGGACUGUUUAGAGGAUCUGGUUGUUGGGGUUAGUUUAAUCAGUUAACCAGAAGAUAAACUGGUUAGUUGGCUGUUGACCUCACUUCCUAGUUUUUACCUGCUGCCACAAACGCCAACAAGGCACUCCUUAAACUGAAGGCCAAAUUCUCAUAAUGCUAACAUUACCAUCGUGUCUAAGCUAAUGUUGGCUGGCUUUGAUGGUUGCAUGCAACACAACCUGCAAUUACAUGCUAGCACAAUAACAUGCUAGCUGUUAGCUCAAUGGGUCUAUUUAGUGCUUUAAGAACUGUUUCUAUUUCCUAUGGGAGAAAUAAGGACAAAUGAGUGGUCUGUGUUUACUUUGUGUUAAUGAGUGGUCUGUGUUUACUUUGUGUUAAUGAGUGGUCUGUGUUUACUUUGUGUUAAUGAGUGGUCUGUGUUUACUUUGUGUUAAUGAGUGGUCUGUGUUUACUUUGUGUUAAUGAGUGGUCUGUGUUUACUUUGUGUUAAUGAGUGGUCUGUGUUAAUGAGUGGUCUGUGUUUACUUUAUGCUAAUGAGUAGUUUGUGUUUACUUUAUGCUAAUGAGUAGUUCCUUUUUACUUUAUGCUAAUGAGUAGUUUGUGUUUCCUUUAUGCUAAUGAGUAGUUUGUGUUUCAUUACAUUACAUUAGAGUCAUGUAGCAGAGGCUUUUCUCCAGAGCGACUUACAGUCAGUAGUAUGUUACAUAUCAUUCACCCAUUCACACACUGAUGACAGGCUACCAUCAAGGUGCCACCAUCAGACUCUAACUAACAUUCAUCAUCCAGUCCACACCGAUGGCCUUCAGGAGCAACUUGGGGUUAAGUAUCUUGCCCAAGGACACAUCGACUGCUGAAGCCGGGUAUCGAACCACCGACCCUCUGAUUGGAGAACUACCUUGCUCUCCACUACGCCACAGCCGCCCCGUUUCCUUUGUGCUAAUGAGUAGUCUGUGUUUCCUUUGUGCUAAUGAGUAGUUUGUGUUUACUUUAUGCUAAUGAGUAAUUUGUGUUUACUUUAUGCUAAUGAGUAGUUUGUGUUUCCUUUAUGCUAAUGAGUAGUUUGUUUCCUUUAUGCUAAUGUGUAGUGUUUUCCUUGUUAAGUCAGUUUGAAUUCUUCAUGCAGGUCAAACACUGUUGAUAACUUCACACUCAUGUUACAUGUUUUUACUUUAUUUAAACUAUUAUGUGUUUUUAUUAUUUUUCAUAGUUGCACCAGUUACUUCAUAUUUUAGUAUCUUUUUACUGCGUUGGACUUGUAUACCGUCAUGUCAAUAAACUUCAAUAAAU